AUGAGCCUCGCCAGAAAAGAAGCUGGCAACACCACUUACCAGGAGAGGAUUCAGGUUCAGGUAUCUGCCCAGGCAUGAGGCAAACUGGAUAGUCUCUCAGGCUUGGCCCCAUAUGGUUGCCGUGGGGAUAAAAUGGGUGGGGUGAGGUCCAUGCAUACUGCCAAUUUGAGGAAAGGCAAGAUAAAAGUAGGCCACUCUUGAGAACAGGGGGCUGAACUAAAUGGUUCAUUGGUCUGACUCCACAAGGCUCCUGUGUCCAUAUCUUAAAUAUGCGGUCUAUUACAGAGCACAAAGGUAAGUCCCUCUGAGUUCAAUAGGACUUAAUCCCUAAUAAAUGCUAAGGUUUGGAAUUGUUUACUAAACAUUCCAACAAGGUGCUUUUAGUGGACAUGACUCUCCACUGUUUCCUUGUUCUGCAUUACAGGUUUCUGACUCCCUGGUCCUAUUUACAUAUUUGAACAACUACCACUUUCCUCACAGCUUGUAUUUGAACUUUAUGACCAGCGUUUGGGUGGAGCUUACUGUGCCAAGGAAUUACCUUCUUAUAGUGGCCUGAUAGCUCAAGCUGCAGUACAAAGGUAAGCCAAAGGUAAUUGUUUAGUUUCGACUUUUUAAUACAGUACAAAGAAAUGACACCAAUCAGGAGCCCUAUGUAUAAUCACCUCCCACGCCAGAACAAAUAGUUCAACCACACAUACAGACUUACAAAAGAAAAGCAAACCCUCAAACCACAAAAGACAGGUUUUGUUUUUUAGGUAUAGAACAGCUGAUUUUUAAAAACAUUUUUUGUAAAGAAAAAGAGAAAUGUAGUUGACAUUCCACAAGCACCUACCUUGGGUGAGAUUCAACAUUGUGCCAGAGUGGAAACAGCAGGACUCUCCUACUUCACCUCCCCCUGCAAGCUCCCCAAGCUCUCAAUCUGCUCUGGAGGAGUCCCAACCCCCUGGAAGAGAUUUUAGGGGGUACAGCAGGUUCUGGGAGAAGCAGAAGACCCAUUUGUGCAAGCAGGAGUCCAUUGCACAAGGGAUGUCUGGAUAUCAUCACCCAUCAGUGUCACUGGAAAUCCAUUUCCUUCCACUCUGAGAAUUGUUUGAAGUGUAUGAAACUGUAAGCUGCACAGGUGUGCAUGCCCUAUUGUCACCAGUGGCAUAUGGUCAGUGGACUAGGGGGAAAUAGGUAGGCUAGUCCCUUAAAUGUUCCUGGUAAAUUAAGAGUAUUAAAGCAUUAAGGCCUGGUGCUCCCUUCCCAAAGCCUGGGAAGCUUCUGCCCAGCUUAGGGAGGGAGGUGCAAUGCUCACACAUAGGACAUCACCCCACCACUCCACAUCACCUUCGCAAGCUGGUGCCUCUGGUCCCAACUGUUCUCCUACGAAAAAUUUCACUGCAUGACACCCUGCUGACAGCAUUUCUGCCUGCCUCACACUGUUGGUGGAUUACUUUAUCCACAAAGUGGCUUGUAGACAGGUCACUGUGGCUUCCAAAGUGUCUAAAAAUUCAUUCCCUGGAGCAGCUGGUGUUAUACAAAUCUCACCAUCCCUCUUCUCUGACCUUGCUGGCUGGAGCUGAUGAGAGUUUGAGUCCAACAACAUCUGGAGGGAGAGAGGUGCCCCCAUCCCUCUCCCAAACCACAGUUUAGCAUUGUAUCUGUACUGGCCCGUUGUUCCAAUAAAUACAAAAUAGCCACAAUACAGUUAUACUUUAUUUGAAUUAAGGCAAAAUAUCACAUAGGUUAACUAUAAAUAGCAUGGAUACAUGGAGUUCUUCUCUCAUUGCUAAGCCAAUAUUCUGAUCACUGCUUUUAAAAGCUAAAAAACAACAACCCUAUUUUAACUAUCCCUCCAGUGUACAAUACAAAACGAGUACAAGAGACACGCUUUGAAAUAUCACAGUGUUUAAAACAUGGCAUGGACUUUUAUUUAAGGUGCGAUUCUACAAGAAUAAAUCAAGUUUGUUUGGUAAAGAGACGAUAUAUGACACUGAGCAGGUAUCAAAGCAGAGGGUUUUCAAUACUAAUGAAAUGACUACCAUGUGCUGAAAGAAAUGGACAGAGGUAACUAAUAAAGGGUACAUAUCAGCAACAUGAAAACAUUUCUUCUUGCUCUUUGCUGGUUCUCAGAUAUACACAUUACUUUAAGACUACCUCAUGCGCAUUGCCACCAGCUUGUGGCUUUGCCAGCACAUGAACUUGUUAAUGGACAUUUGCGAGCAGACCUCUGGUCUUUACUAACAUUUUGAGCUUGAAUCUACUUCAGUCAAUGCCAACAUUUAUAGCGAUAAUGCUGCGACGUCUGUUUAUUGAAUUCCUUCCCUCUACAGGUGCAUCAAUCACCCUUAUUUUGUCACUAACUGAAGUCACUACUUAUUCACCCAGGCUUUUGGUUGAUACUGAGGUAUGGUCAGGGUCAUUGUGUGCGCUGGUUCUGUGGUCUGCAGUACUCAUGUGGGGAGCUGCAAUCCUCUGAUUUUAGUUACUUUAGUAUUUUCUUGUAUCCAGUGGUUAUUCUUAAGUUAUUCUGUUCUUUUAUUGUUGUAUUAUGAACCCCUUGUCAUCCUAUUUGGAUGAUGGGCGCUCUAAAACAAACAAAUGACAAAAUCAUCCUCAAAGGCAAUGCAUUAGAUGUGGCCUGGUUUUCUCUAGUCAGGGAAUAUUCAUUGAUAGGAAGCUGUAUAAAUGUAAUCAUCUUCAUCUUCACAGUGAUGUGCUUAAUUCCAAGUAAGUGUUCCCUGACACAUCACCUUUUAGGAUUGAAGACCCCCUCUGCACUACAUAUUUAAAACAGCAUUAUACCACUUUCACUGUCAUGGCUUUCCCCUAAAGAAUCCUGGGAACUGUAGUUUGGGGAAAACCGUGAUGGUUUAAAGUGGUAUGAUACUGCUGUAGAAGAAGAAGAGGAUGGAUUUGAUAUCCUACCCUAAGGAGUCUCAAAGCAGCUAACAAUCUCUUUUCCCUUCCUCCCCCACAACAAACACUGUGAGGUGAGUGAGGCUGAGAGACUUCAGAGAAGUGUGACUAGCCCAAGGUCACCCAGCAGCUGCAUGUGGAGGAGCAGGGAUGUGAACUCGGUUCACCAGAUUACGAGUCUACCGCUCUUAACCACUAUGUGUAGUGCAGAUGAGGCCUAAGAGAUUUUGUGGAAGUCUUUGUUUGUAUUUCUGAGCUCCUGCCAAAAAUAGCCCCAAAUAGAGGCUCAAGCCCACUAUCACUGUAUUAUUUUCCCUCCAUCAGGGAAAUGGCAACAAGGAUUAACACAGAAUGUAAUGGUUGAGAUUAGUUUCUUUCUACAUGUAACAGAGGGAUUUAAGAAUAUUAUCCCCACUGUAUAUAUUAUACAAAUAUUGUAUAGAAAAUAUUUUUGGUCUAUCACUAUAUAACCUUACUACAUUAUAAAUAUUUUUGAUCAGCAAGCAGCACUCUGCUUUGUAAAAUAAAUAUUAAAUAUCAUGGUCUGCUAUACCAUAUUGCUUUAGUUAAACUUAACUGAUAACCAAUUACUAUCAGGGUUAACAUGUGAAAACUACAAUUUUCAAAACAUGCCAAAAUGUGAGGAGCAUGCACAGAGACCUAAAAGCAAUAAUAACUUUGAUAAACUUCAUCCAAAAGUAUAAUAACAGCUCUCUUCAAAUAACAUAGCUAUGUUAUCUACAGUUUGUAAACACAAGAAUAUAUUUUUUUAUCACAAUAUUGUUCACUGAAAAUAUGCACUUAAGUAUACAUACAAAUUGAUAGCACGAGGGACUACUAGCAAAGUCUGUAUGAACAGAAAUUAUUCAUCAGUACACACAAAUUAUGCUAAAAUCCUGCUAUAAUUGAAGUUGAUAUUCAAGGCAAUUCAACUCUUUAAGUGCAGUAUAUGGGGAAUAAAUAGUUGUAUGAUGAAACAAGAUUUGUGCUGUUUUGUUGGAAUACGCCUAGCCACAUCCCUAAAAAUGCUGUAUUGUUUCAUGGGCCCUGAGUAUUGCUGGCUUAUGGCUUUGCAGUAUGUAUGCUUUUCUCUCAGCAGUAUAAGACUCUUUUUGGUUAUUUUCUAAGGCCGCGAUCUUAAACACAUUAAACUUUGAGAGAUUCGCUUCUGAGAAAACACUCUAAGGAUUGCGCUUUAAGGCUGUGAUCCUAUGCAUACUUACUUGGGUUGGGAAUAAGUCCCACUGAACUCACUGGAACUUGCUCCUGAGGAAAUGUGCACGGGACUGCACUGUAAGUUUCUUGCCUUGAAAUUACCUUUGCGCUGGUAGCUACUUAGCCAAUUGUAUUGUUGCAAGAGCAAGUCAGCGUCAAGGGCUGCGAUAUCAGACUGAGACAGGACUUUGUGUAGCUCCUUGUGUAUUUGUUGGCUUAGCUUCCCAUUAUAUUGUGGACUUGUUAUAUUUGUUAGACUUAUGUAUUUCUUUGCUGAAAUUUUAUUUUCUGUAUACCCAACAGAUCCUGACUAUGGUAUGCAUUCUAUAUUCAUGUCACAGAGGUGGGAAGCUCACACUCUACUGAAUACACCUGGGGCAAUACAGUUGUACCUUGGAAGUCGAAUGCAAUCUGUUCCACAAGUCCGUUUGACUUCCAAAACGUUUGAAAACCAAAGCGGCUUCUGAUUGGCUGAAGGAAGCUCCUGCAGCCAGUCGGAAGCUGCAGAAGCCCCAUUGGAUGUUCAGCUUCCAAAAGAACAUUCAAAAACUGGAACACUCACUUCCAGGUUUUGAUCAUUCGGGAGCCGAUUUGUUUGGGUGCCAAGGUGUUCGAGAUCCAAGGUAUGGCUGACUUCAGAAAGUAAGAAGUGGAAGCAUAAUAUGUAAUUCUCCUAAGAGCCUUCCUUUUUAAUAAAGACAAAUCCAUAAAAUGAUUUUACAUCUUCGUCAUCUAUUUUUUUUAAUGUGCACUUUGGCCUCCUUUACUUGACCACGUGGGAUUGCCUUAGGAGAUAAGCUGCUGGACUGGACACAUUCCCUGUAAAUUCUAUUUUCUCCUCCAGUCAACAAUUUGAAUAUAAUAUAGUAUAGUGGUGGCUGUUUGCCUUGGCUGAGGAAUAAGAGUUCAUACACAGACUAGUACUGAAAUAAUAUUAUGUAAAGAGGCGGACAGUGGCACUUCUCCCUGAAAUAAGUUACAUGGCACAACAUCAAAAUGCAGAGAGAUCAAGGGGGAGAAGCUGCUUUCCCAGCCCCCACAGAAUAUUUGUAACAUUUAAAAACAAAGUGUCAGGGGAGGACAUUAUAAGCAAAGCUAGGACCACAGUAUUCCUAGCAAAUUUUAAAUCUGUAGAAAAGCAAUAGGUAUUUACUAACAUGUACAUAUUUGGUACUAAAACAAUAGCUCAGCUCUAAUAAAAAAUGCUUGUACAAUAUUUCAUACUUUUACUCAAGAAUUCUACAUUUAGUUAAAAUAGCUGGCUUUACUAUGAUCUGAAGAUUGUUCCUCAUGAGUCACAAAUGGCCAUAGCGCCUUAGGGGAUGAUUAACACACCAGGAUGCAGGAAUUAUACAUCACAAAUAGGCACACAAUAUAUGGCAAAGACUAAUAAUCCAUUUUCUUUAAGAAAGCAUAAUUAAAACACAUUAUAUUACUUAAACUUCUAUUUAACUACACAGAGAAGCAACCUAGUACAUUUAAGAAUUUAACCUGGGCUGAAAUCCUAAAUACACUUUCUUGACAGCGAGUCCUACUGAACACAAGGGACUUCUAAACAAAUGUGUAGGCUUGGAUUCCUACAAGAUCUUGCGUUGUUUCAGUCUGUUUUUGCAAUUUUAGGUAGAUGUUACCCAUUCCUGAAAAAACUGUACAAUAUAUAGUUGUUUUAUUAUUAAUUAAUUUGUAUACCGCCAGUGGUGGCGGUGGGGGCGGGGCACAAUUUGCACCAGUUCUACUUCGCUCCCUUAGCAUCCUGAGAGCAGAACAUCACCCACAGGGAGCCUUUGAUUCAACCCAAGGGGAUAUUGUUUAAUAUAUAUUAUGAAACCAAAUGUAGCUCAUCAGCAAAGAUUAUUUUCUUAUCCUAUGAGGACCCGUGCAAUAAGAAGCACCCAUCUCUGUUGCAGGAUUUUGCAAUUUUACUAUAGCUGAGGAUUAGAAUGAGGGGAGAAAACCUGUUGCCAAAGAGGUAAGCAAAGGCAACAAUUUCACCUGCCUACACUGGGAAACAGUGACCUAGAAUUGAGGUGGGGAACCUCUGGCCCUGCAGGUGUUGAUGGACUAGCACCUUUCAUUCCCAGCCAACAAUGGCAGAGUUCCCAUCUCUUAAGGGCACUUUGCCAUUAUGAGUUAGUCCUUGCCAGGAGGCUACAAUGGAGCUUGAUUCCUGCAAGGUACGUAAAAUGGGCUUUAUUUGAAUGUCUGCUACCUCCUACACUCCAUCUUAAGACUCUUGCUGGGCAGCUUUCUCCCAGGUUGUUGCCACCUAACCUCAUGAAGAAUUCUGGGGAGCUCAAAACCCGGCAUGCUCUUUUGUGGCAUUUUGGUUGGCCUAAUAAAGACAUUGCCCUAAUAUGAAUUUCUGGAAUAUGUCAAACAUGUUUGACAGUUUUACUUUUCUUAUUGCCUGCCUUCCCCAAAAGAAUGUGCCAAUGUACCAUAAAAAUAUACUUUUCGUGUGCUUUUAAAUAAUGCAUUGUUCACAUUUCUCCCCCACUUGCACUUCUCUGAAAUCCAAAUUUGCAUUUUGUCCUUUAACCAAUCUACCUUGUGGAAGACAGAACGCUGUCAGUUUUUGUGAACUUCAUUUAACUUCCCUUCAUUCAUCUGAAUUUUGAUUCCUUUUCAGUUUUGUAAAAAUGCCAGACCCUUUUCUAACCUUCGAAUAAAAUUGCUACCUAUUAUUUAUAAACCACAUGCUUCCCUUCCCAUGCCCCAGAAUAUAUAUGUGUGUGUGUGUUAAACCUGCUCUCCCCACCCCGCACCCUGCAACGUUAAGGCUAUCUCAUUAGUGGCAAUGCAGAAAUGGACAUAUUCUAAAAUCACUUUCCUUGAUAGUGAACUGAAACAGUGCCUUUAUCCUGUCCCGGCAGUGGAACAUGUUCCAUUUUACACAAAGACACUGAAGAGGGGGAAUUCAGCUUGGUUAGGCUGUAGCAAGUCAACCAGGAAGCAAACUGUCCCUGAGAAACCUUCAUACAGACUGUAAACACUUUCCAGUUCCCGGGAUCCAGCCUUAAAUUCUUCAGUAAACAAGAAUUCAGCAAACCUAAGGGAAAGAAGAAACCAAGACAAAAAAGAGAGAGUUACUCUGUACAGUAAUGUCAACAUGUUGCUAUUUCAAGCCGGAUUCAAAAUUGUCCUCAGUUUGGAACCAGAUUUAAUCAAAUAUGUUCUUAUGUGUUAUGGACAGAUUCAUUUCCUGGCUGUGUGGUCGGCUGCAUCCAGACCAUUUUUAAACCACCCCACACCUCACACAUGGAGCGAACACUGGCACUGCUGCAUUGUUGCAAACUCCUCAGCCCACCAGAACCCACUAACUUCAAUGAAAGAGUGUGGCAGCAAUAUAACUGCUAGCACAUUUACAAAGCUAAGCUAUGUCUUGGUAUGGUUUCAAAUUGGAUGGGGGACCACGUGUUGCAAUGUGGAAGUUGGACUUCCGGGGGAGGCGCCUCCAGCAAUGGCAGAAUUCCUCUGACCGGGAGGAAUCUGCUCCGUGGAAAUCUGGGUCUGGCCGCCACGGCGAAGGCGGAGACCCGUUAAAAUCACAGGCGGGAGAAGCCUGUGAACGUGGGAUUCGGCGGGCACCUUUCGCGCCUCCCCCACUCGCGGGGAACCCCGGUUUUUGGGGCUCCGGAGCGACGUGGGGUGAGCGGCGCAGUGCAUCGAAUCGUCUGCUUCUUCCACGGAGCGAAGCCGCAUAGCUGUUGCCGGAGAGCGCUGACCUUUUCCUGUGGACAAUUUGACUUUAAAGUAAUUACCCGUGAGUAGAGCUGAAACGGAAGAAUUGGAUCUCUAAAAGUUUAUUUUGGUAUCGUAACGGGACGGUUCAAAACAGGAAGUCCGCCUUCCCUUUUUGUAAAUAGACUGAGGCAACGAAGUUGCAAGCUGGAGUCCUGGAAGGUCUUUUGUAAAAGAUCAAAUUUCCAACGGUAAAGAACAUUAAACCCCCUCUUGGAGGCAGGAGAAGAGAGGGGGAAGUUGCUGAUUGAGUACGCCUGCGGGAGAGAGCGAAGAGGCUUAUAACACCGCCGCUCUGACCCUGGAAACGGGCUGCUAGUAAGACUGAUGGGGUUGGGUUUUUUUUUUGAAUGUUCAUUGACAGCGCUUAGAACGUUCAUUGACAGCUAGCUAAAUAAGAGAAAUACAUUGUUUCUACUGUUUCCGGUUGUUUUUAAAAAAGGAGGAAAGUAACUGAAAAUUGAAACUAACUUCGGAUUAUUGAAACUGUGUUUAAAAGAGGACAUAUUGACCGAUACAAAUACAACCUGUUUUCCCCUAGUGGAAGCUUUUGAAAUUGGUUACUUUAUAGGAGCUGGGCUAGGGGAUAAGAUAAGAAAAGUGUGAGACUUUGGAAUUGACCUUGAAUCUCUUAAGUGUUAUGGCAAACGGAAAGGAAAAAACAGACGGGAUGUCGACAGAGGAGGCCUUAGUGGCUGCAUUAUUGAAAAUAAACGAUUCGCUGGAACAACUCCAUAAGAAAACAGAUGCGAUAAAUGUGAAAUUGGAUGUUGCAAAUAUUGAAACUGAUUUAAUUGUAGAAAGUUUAAAUAAUUUGGGACAAAAGGUGAAUACCAAUUCAGAAACCACCCAGAAACUGAUACAGGAAUCUACUCUGAUACGGCAAACUGCAGAUGAAGUCAAGGAAAAAACCCUUGCUGCUGAAUCUAAAGUAACACAACUGGAGAGGAGAGUCCCAUCCAUACAAAGACAACUUGAUGAACAUAAGCUGACAUUCGUUAUGAUUGAACUUAAAGAAGAAUGGAUGAAUUUGAGGACCAGAGCCCUAUCUGAAUUGGAAAAGGAAAGCCUGACAGAGUUUCAGGAGGCGACAGGACUAACAUUGGCUGAGAAAGAGAAGUAUUUGGGGGUUAGUAUGACCGCCAAAAAUGUGAAUCUGCUUAAGGACAACUGUGAAGGAUGUUGGAUUGAAGAGAAGGGGGAUUUGGAAAUAUGGACAAAUCAGAAGUUGUUACUGUUGGGCCGAGUUAUUGUGGUGGGGAUGAGGGCUGCUGUGUUGCUGGGGAUGUUGCUUUUGUUUCAAACAUUGCAAGCUCUGGAUGGGAUGGAGGGUCUCAGGAGGUGGCAGAGGGAUGCUCCUAGAGUUGUUUGGCAGGGCAGGAAGCCUCGAGUUAAGCUUAAGAUAUUGAUGGAUGCUAAAGAAGGAGGUGGGCCUGCCCUGCCAGACCUUUAAAUUUCAUUGUGAACCAUCUGCCUUUUGCUGGUUGAGAGAAUGGUUGCUUCUUGAAAACACUGAAGUGUUGGACAAUGGCAGACGAAGUUGAUGGACUAUAGGGAAUUGGCGGAAAUGACUGGCAAGAUCCGAGACCAGGGUGAAGAGUCGGUGGAAGAAGAUUGGAAAAAGUUUAAAGACUAUUUAUAGAAAUAUUGUAAAAUUAAGGAAUGUUAGAAAAAUGUUGGAAUGAAAUUACAUGGCUUUAGUAGAAAUGUCAUAAGGAAUUAAGUAUAAAUAGAUUAAUAGAAAAUUAAAGGAAAAGUAUGGCAAGAAUGUGUUAAGAUAAUUAUAGAACAGAAAACAGAGUAAGAUGGAAAGGAAUUGCUGAAACAAAUAAUAGAAGUGGAAUACAAAAAGGGAGGUGUGAGGAAGUCGCUGGAAAUAAGUGAAUGAAAUAUAAGAUAUUGAAAAUGUUUGAGGUGUUUUUAAAUUGUUUUUGUUUGUUUUUGCUUGAUUUGUUAGUCCAUGUAGCGUUUUUGUAUUGUAUUCGUAUUGUUUUUUCUUUUUUUCCUUUUUUUCUUUUUCUUUUUGUUUGUAGUGUUGUGUUGGAAAUUUUGAAAAAGUAAUAAAUAUCAUUAAAAAAAAAACCAAUGUGGAAGUUGGACUAGGUGACCUCCUGGAUCCCAACUUGAGCUCCAUAGAUCUGGGUGGGAGGGGGGAAUCACAAAACUCCAUUAAGGAUAGUGGUGUCUUGGUUGCCACGGGAAAAAACCUCAGGUUGCAGUUUCUACCAAAACCUUUACUACUCAUAUCUCUAUAAUACAAAAGCAAAGUAACACACACAUCCCCACCCACGAUGAACCAGCAAAUGUGUGAUUUGUUUUUAGGGUUUUUGUUUUUUUGCAAUUAUCAUGAAAUGCAUCCAAGACCAAGCCUUCAAAGGAUGACUCUCUUUGGGAUGAAAAGCUGUCCUAGCUUCCAUAGCUGUGGUGCAACCUUCAAAAGCAUCCUUAUGUGUCCUUCCUGCCUUAAUUUGAUGCAGAAAUUAAGAAGGUGCUCUUGGCUGAUCAUAGAGACAGCAAGAAAUAAGAGUCGAGGUUUUCUGUGGUGAAAAGAAGCCUAUGUCUUGAUAUGUUUAUUAAUACUCAUAGCUACUUUCCAAAGCCAAACUACAAAAUACUACUUCAGAAACUUUAAAAUACCAAGAUGUAGAUAUAACAAUCCAUAUAUAUAUAUAUAUAUAUAUAUAUAUGUAUAUGUAUAUGUAUAUAUAAUUUUCCAGUGUCAUUCCAAUAGCCUCAUUAUAACAAUAUCAAUUUUAUCCAGUUAAUACAAUUAUUAAUACCAAUUAUUCAAGUGUCAAAUUAUAUAAUUUAAUUAAACUGGCCCCCUUGCAUGCUAUAGUUAAUGAGUUCAUUCUUCUACAUUUCUUCUGCAUUCCAAAGUUUUGAUAAUUUCCAUCACAUUCCAUUCAGAUAUAAUAAUCUCUUAUAUAGCAGCUUCAACCUUGUGAUUUCUAUUCAUGUUGGUAUAACAGAUAAUUUGUAAAGUUUCAAGUGAGGAACUAUAGCUAUAAUCCUUCUUCUUUCCUGUGUGUGAAAGUUUUUGCCAUGAUGUUUCCCCAUCCAUAUAUGGUGUUGUAUUGUUCAUUUCUGCAACUGUUGAUGGUUCCCAUCAUGCCCCAGGAGAAGUUGUUAUCUCACAGUUUCUAAAAGUCACUGCAUUGCUUCAUCCCGUGAUUCGACUUCCAUAAACAAGCCGACGUCACCAUUUUUCCAGCCUAGGAAGAAGGGUCUGAAUCCAGACUGCAGAUAGUUAAUCCAAAAACAUCUAUAGUGGUACCUCGGUUUAAGAACAGUCCGGUUUAAGAACGAUUUGGUUUACAAACUCCGCAAAACCGGAAAUAGUGUCUUGGUUUGAGAACUUUACCUUGGUCUAAGAACAGAAUCCGAACAGUGGAAGGGCACCGGCAACAGGAGGCCUCAUGAGGGAAAGCAUGGCUCGGUUUAAGAAUGGUUUUGGUUUAAGAACGGACUUCCGGAAUGGAUUAAGUGUGUAAACCAAGGUACCACUGUAUUCCCAUAGGUGGUAGACUCCUUUCCUCCCUGUCGCUGAUUUAUGGCCAAUUAUCAUUAUCUCGAAUACAUUCCUUUGUGGAUAAUGGAGGUUAGGGAGGACUUUGCUCUAUAGUUUCAAAGCAUAUCGUUUCUCCACCCCCCUUCCCUCUCAGUUCCUUUCUCUCACACACAGUUCCAGUUUUGUUAAAUUCCAUAUUAUAUUCCAAUUUCUUCCAUCCUCACUUGUGCGGAUAUUUUUAAUAAAACUUGCAUUCUGGGGAGGAUUGCCAUAACAUAAAUGUAGAAAAAAGCUUUAAAUAAGCAAACCGUGGGCUCCCCUGCCUCUUUCACCGAAUGAAAUCUGCUCUCAGUCCAAACCUUUUACAUCCUUGGAGCUGGGUUGUUUUUGCUGUUUUUAAUUUCAUCAUCUCUGGCACAUGUCUGUAGUGUACUCCAAUUAAAAUCCAAUUAGCAGGAAAACCUGUGCUUCCAGGAACAGGAUGGGGGGGGGUGGUCACGGCAGCCAGAGUGCUCCAUGCACUCGGUGCCUUUGCUUGCCCUCGCAUUCCAUGGGGAAGCAAAUGCCAGACCACCAGGCAAACUGCAGGUGAGAGCCUGGUUCCUCUUUCAUUCGAAGACGAAUGCAGAUAAUGAAAUUUCCCCAUCCAUUUCUGAUUAUCUCUGUCUGUCUGUCUCCCAUGGUGUUGGGGAAGACUCCAUUCCUAGCGCACCAGAAACAGGAAGCUGUAGAUAACAAUCCUUUGUCCUGUUUCUUCGGGCUUAUCUGGCUUCCUAGCCCGUUGGAGUCAGAGGGCUCCAAAAGCCUCAUGGAGGAGCUAUUGUGCUAUUCUGAAUGACACCAGUAAUUGGGUCUAUCACUUUAGUUUUGCUUAAAGUGACAACUGAUAGGAGUCAGCACCUUUGGCAAAAGAAUGUUAAUGUUGUUUAAUAGCCGUGAAUGUUUCCUGAAUAGGCAAUUCACCUUCAGAGGAGGAGACAGAGAGAGCUGUGAAUUGGCAGUUUUGAAGAGACCACAGAGACAGAGGCUGAGAUGGAGAAUGAGCUGUGAGUUGGCCCAAGGUGAAGUACUUUGGGGUGCAGGGUGA